AUGUCGAUACUCAUCGCACUGGGUUGUUCCCAGUUCACUAAUUUUGUCACCAGCGAACUAGCGGCCAAGACAAUUGAGAGACCACAUUUCGUAAACCUUAGAGGAACGAAACGGCUUGCUGAUGUCCUCUGUUCUCUAGCACCAGCUCCUUGCACAGCUGAAGUGGAUACAAGGAUUCUACACUUUAUUGGGAUACUUUCAAGUAUAUUUGGGGCACGACUGAAUCCCUUCUUUGGGGAAUCUGACCUUACUGUUCUCUUUAGUAGCAAAUUGCUUGCAGUUGGUGAUACACAAUCUUGGAUUAGACUCGACAAACAUGUUUUAAGAGGCCAAAAGUUGCAUGGUCGCAAACUCACAGCGCGAUUGUUCAUCCCCAACUUGCAUCAUUGGAUCUACUGGGUUUUCAGGUUUAGGAAGGCAUACCAACUCGAGAAAAUUGUGUUUUUCAAGCUUCGUCAGCAAAUGUUAGCUUCACAUCCACGAUUUCAAAUACUUUAG